AUGCUGCCACGACGACGCAUCAUUGAUCUUUUGCAAGUCAUAUCAUCUCAGUCAUGCAAAUGUCCAGCGCAUGGAAAUCCCGGAAGUAUCAACGUACGAGAACAUGGAAAAACUUGGAGCACAGCAACGAACGUUACACCCAACAAGGAAUAUGCAUUCGAGAUGGCCUGUUCUACUGUGCGAUACGGAAUAGGAGUAACGAGAGAAUUAGGAAUGGAUAUGCAAAAUAUGGGAGCGAAGAAGACGUGUCUUAUGACCGAUCCUCAUUUGGUGAAUUUAGCCCCCGUGAAAACUGCUAUCGAUAGUCUUUCCAAGCACGGCGUACGCUUCGAAAUUUAUGAUAAAGUACGCGUGGAACCAACUGAACAAAGUUUGCAAGAUUCAAUCGAAUUUGCCAAGCGUGGAAUGUUUGAUGCUUUUAUAGCGGUUGGCGGUGGUUCCGUGAUGGACACUUGCAAGGCGGCAAAUCUAUAUAGCUGCGAUCAGGAAGCUGAAUUUUUGGAUUACGUAAACGCGCCGAUCGGGAAAGGCAAACCGAUUCAGGUUCCUCUGAAACCGCUUGUCGCUAUACCAACGACUUCCGGUACCGGUUCGGAGACAACAGGAGUAUCUAUUUUCGAUUAUCGACCAUUGAAGGCCAAAACGGGGAUUGCAAACAGAGCCCUGCGUCCUACAUUGGGAAUCAUCGAUCCUGAACACACCCUGACUUUACCAGAGAGAGUAUGCGCGUAUUCCGGUUUCGAUGUGCUCUGUCACGCUUUGGAAUCCUUUACAGCGAUACCUUAUACAGAAAGGACACCAUGUCCACCAAAUCCGAUCCUGAGACCGGCUUAUCAAGGUAGCAAUCCUGUCAGCGAUGUGUGGGCGCGAUAUGCUCUACAAGUUAUGCGCAAAUACUUCGAGCGUGCGGUUUACAAUCAAGACGAUUUAGAAGCGAGAAGUCAGAUGCAUUUAGCGAGCACCAUGGCAGGUGUUGGAUUUGGUAACGCUGGUGUCCAUCUGUGUCAUGGACUUUCGUAUCCGAUCAGCGGAAACGUUCGAAGUUACCAACCAAAGGGUUACAGCAAAGAUCAUCCUAUAAUUCCUCACGGUCUAUCCGUGGUGAUCUCUGCGCCAGCAGUGUUCUCCUUUACUGGAAACGCGUGUCCAGAAAGGCAUUUGGAAGCUGCGGGGUUACUUGGUGUAAAUAUCGCGAAUGCUAAGCGAGCUGAUGCCGGCCAAAUUUUGGCCGACACGGUGAAACAAUAUAUGCGCGUUAUGAAAAUUGAAAAUGGAUUGGCGGAACUCGGAUUCAAGAAAGAAGACAUUCCUACUUUGGUCCAGGGAACAUUGCCUCAGCAUCGUAUCACGAAGCUGGCACCACGUGAACAAUCCGAAGAAGAUCUUGCGCAAUUAUUCGAAAAUUCAUUUACCAUCUAUUAAUAAACAUUUUAUGAUUGACACGAAUAUUAACAAUUUGAUAAUUGUACAUAUUAAUAAAAGAUCAUAAUAAAGAUUCUAUUUUUGUACGACUAAA